AAAGAAGACCUCGGAAGGAAAACAAAGGAAAUAACGCGAGAUAUAGCAACGAGAGGACAAAAAGAAGUGGAUACCCACCAUUCCGGAAGGGAAAAGGACGAAGCAAGCUACCAUAGAGACUCUCCACCCGACAUUUGCAGUUCUGUGGUGGAGAACCAGCCACAAAGGCACUAUGGAAUCACUUCUCCAGUUAGCCUGGCUCCUCCAAGGGAAAUAGAUUAUAUCUAUACACAGAAGCUGAUUGAGGCCAUGGAGCCGUUUGGUGUAUUUGAAGAUGAGGAAGAGCUAAAUCACAGGAUAGUUGUUCUCAAGAAACUAAGUAACUUGGUCAAAGAGUGGAUUGUGGAAGUUGGUGAGAAUAAGAACCUUCAGUCUUCAGUCACAUCAAGUUUUGGGGGCAAAAUAUUUACAUUUGGUUCCUAUCGGCUUGGCGUCCACACCAAAGGUGCUGAUAUAGAUGCUCUCUGUGUUGCCCCUAGACAUGUGGAAAGGUCAGACUUCUUCCAGUCAUUCUUUGACAAGCUAAAGCGGCAAGAUGGUGUCAGAAACUUGAGAGCAGUAGAAGAUGCAUAUGUACCGGUAAUCAAGUUUGAAUUUGACAGUAUUGAGAUUGACCUUGUGUUCGCAAGGCUUGCGCUGCAGUCCAUUUCUGAUAACCUGGACCUUCGAGAUGACUCACGUUUGAGAAGCCUUGACAUAAGAUGCAUUCGAAGUUUAAAUGGUUGCAGAGUGACUGAUGAAAUACUUCAUUUAGUGCCAAACAAGGAGAACUUCAGGCUGACGCUGAGAGCAAUUAAACUGUGGGCAAAACGGCGUGGGAUUUAUUCCAAUGUGCUGGGAUUUCUUGGUGGUGUUUCUUGGGCCAUGUUGGUGGCAAGGACAUGUCAGCUGUAUCCAAAUGCUUUAGCAUCCACGUUAGUUCACAAAUUCUUCCUAAUUUUUUCCAAGUGGGAAUGGCCAAAUCCUGUCUUGCUGAAACAGCCUGAAGAAAGUAACCUCAACCUGCCAAUCUGGGACCCCAGGGUAAAUCCAUCUGACCGGAACCAUCUCAUGCCCAUCAUCACUCCAGCCUAUCCACAGCAGAACUCCACCUAUAAUGUGUCAACCUCAACCCGAGCAGUCAUGGUAGAAGAAUUCAAACAAGGUCUUAUGGUUGUAGAUGAGAUUCUCCAAGGAAAACUGGAGUGGUCAAAGUUGCUUGAACCACCAAACUUUUUCCAGAAGUACAAGCAUUACAUUGUACUGAUUGCCAGUUCGUCAACUGAAGAGCACCAUUUGGAAUGGGUUGGCCUAGUGGAAUCUAAAAUCCGUGUGCUUGUUGGGAACUUGGAGCGGAAUGAAUUUAUAACAAUUGCGCAUGUAAAUCCGCAGUCCUUCCCUGGGACCAAAGAACAAUACAAAGAGAGCAGCUACAUAUCCAUGUGGUUCCUUGGAAUAAUUUUUAAGAAAGCAGAGAAUGCUGAGAGUGUGAACAUUGACUUAACCUAUGAUAUCCAGUCAUUCACAGAUACAGUUUACAGGCAAGCAAAUAACAUCAACAUGUUGAAAGGAGGUAUGAAAAUUGAAGCUACUCAUGUGAAGAAGAAACAGCUUCAUUAUUACUUGCCCACAGACUUCUUGCAAAGGAGGAAGAAGAGUAUGCCAGAUAUUGGUCAGAAUGCUUGUGGGAUUGUGUUGAAAAGGGCAUCUGUGGAUGAAGGCUGCUCGGACAGGAACGCAGAUGCUGGAACACAAUACACAGCUGCUCCUCCAUUCAACCGGAUGGCUGAACUCGGCAGCACUUCUGCUUUGAAGGAAACUGGAAGGAGUGCUGCUCUUCAAAGAACCACCGUCUUCACAAGUCGAGAGAAGCCAUCAAACGUCAUCCGGGCUUUGCUGCCUGUACAACAGGCCUCUUUCCCAGUGAUUGGUUCGCGGUUGGGUUCCACAGUUGCAAUGGAAGUGGCUCCAUCUCAAAGUGCCUGCAGCAUCUCCACAGUUGUAGGGCAAAAUGUUAUUCCUCCAAUAAUUGCCCCUAUCUCUACAUACUCCCCACAGCAUCUGAAUGCGGUAACUUCAAUAAUCUCUAAAAAUGCCUCUCCUCACAAGAGAAGCCAUUCACCUUGCUCGGAAGAAUGUUUUAAAAGGCUGAAAGAUGUAGAAAAGGGUAUCCAUGAGGACUCUCUUUCUGUUCCAGCAACUGACACGUUAAGAUCACAGCGACUUUCCAGUAAAGAACUGCCAGAUUCAUCCUCUCCAAUUCCAGCAAGUAGUGUUCGUGUAAUUAAAAACUCCAUCAGACUGACUCUUAACCGGUAACGAUGCCUCUCUUCCAGGUCCUGAGCUGUCGUAACUGCUGCAGAAUUUCCAAGCUGCUCUCCACAACACAUCAUGGCCUUUGAAUAUGCCUGUAAUAUAGCUAACUUGUUGUCUUGGACUGAGUCGACUUCAUUUUCACUGUGCAGUUGCACAGCUUUAUUUUAAGUCUUGUGUUUGAAUUGUUUGUCUUGAGUACAGCAUUUUUUGUUACAGAAAAAUACCAAAAAAAAAAAUUGUCUUGUGCCUGUUUUCCGAAAAGGGCAUGGGGAACAUAGACUGUUUAGCCCCUGGGUACUCCCACUGAUGAGAGUCGGAUUACAGCAGAGCAAAUAGUCAAAGGGUCUCCCUACACUUUGCAAAGCCCUUGUGUCCAUGAAUCUCCAUCAGAUGUGCGAGGGGAGCUUGUCGCUCCGGAUGCAUGCUGCCCUUUCUGCUUGUGAAUGUAGUGCUCAGGGAAAACCAGCUUCAACCCCCGCCCCCCCAUACUCCUUCCAGUGCCAUUUUUGCAUCCUCAACCUGCUUAUAGAGCUUGUGCUGUAAUUUUCACAAUGGGACCAUGCAGCCAUAUAAGUAAAGUGAUUUCCAACAUUCAGUAGUGACUUUGUGGGGUAGGCUGAUGAUGCAAAAAUGUUGUGGCUGCUCCUGUGUAUUACAGUCACGAGAAAAAGGCAGGCAUACAUCUGGGAGGUACAAAACUCCCAUUACGCACCUGAUUCAAAGUUGAUGUGGUUGACGCCAGGACUUUCUAACAUCACUCUGAAUCUCCAUCAUAAUUGUAUUCUGACUCUAUGGCUGUGAUCAGGAAAUCCACAACUUACCAGGGGGUGGAAGACUGAAUACUGGUUUGCAGAACUGAGUAUUGUAGAUGGGCUUCAUCUGGUGGUUUUUGUGAACGUAAGUGGAACAAUUUAUGCACAUAAGGAUCUAUAUAUUUGUGUUGUGUUUCUUUCCAAAGGCAAUCCCAUUAGAGAACUUCGCACUUACAUUUCUGCACUGUGUAAAUGUCCCAUGAAAGCUGCCUCCUGUGGAGGCCCAUGAAAUAGAGUGCAGUCCCGCCCUCGUUAAGCACUCGUAAGUUCAAUUGAUUUCAAUGGCACAUGAAUAUCAUAGGACAUAAAAUGCUUUAUUUGGGGUUGGAUUUUACCCUAAGAUUCAGAAUUGAAAACUGAACCUGACACUAAAAUCUGCCACAAUAUUGAAAUGCAAAUUGAUGACAUUUGAAUUUUGGAGCUAUAAAGGACUGAGGCCUUAAUUCAGACUUUUGUCGUCUGCUUUAAAAAACCCUCAAAACAAUACUCCAUAUCUUGUCUACAAUAUGUAAACUCUUGAUCUACCCCCAAUUCACUUUUUCUGUAAACUGUGGCUAGGAAUUUUGACUUUUAUAGAACUUUGAGUAAAUUAACCAGUUGCCCAGUUCAAAAUCAUUGCACAGUUCUGACAAAGUGAUUGUUUAUGGAUAAGAAAAUUCUGCCAAAAUAGCUGAUAGAAAUGUCAGGAACAAAAAGUUUACAAAAUUAUGGUUUGUUAUAUAGUGUCUCGUAGUAAUAGCUGAAAUGUAUUUUGUAAAAAAAAAAGGGGGAUCGUGUGUAUUUAAAGUAUUUUUGUAUGUAUUGAAGAAAAACCA